AUGACUCUGCAAGAGGAUGAGGCGGUGGACGCCCUUGCGGCGCCGUGGCGGCACGGGGAUUGGUGGGGGAAUAAAUAUGAGGCACUCAUGGGGCACAACCAGGGUUUUUUUCCUGCCGCGGCGGAAAAAAUCCAUGGCAGUGACGGCGCCAACCAAGGCGUGGAGUGGGAGGCAGAGGAGGGUGGGAGCGUCAGGGCCUCCUCCUCGCCUUGGGACCUGCACGAGCAGAAUCAGCAGGAUGCCUUUACCGAGAAGUUUCUGAGGCGGCGGGAGGCGUUGGCCCUGCAGGAUCUUCUGGGGGAGGUGCGAGGCCUGAUGCGGAGCUGCCGGCUGCCCGCGAUAGACGCGGACGUGAUUGAGAAGCACAUCAUCACCCCCGUGGAGCGAGCAGUGCGGCAGGAGGCAGAAACGCCGUCACGCAUGUCACCAACGGAGGCAGAUACACAAGAGACAUCUGCGCCGCCGCCCUCUGACUCUUGCGGCGGCUUGGACAAAAACGGUGGCUCCUUUGAAGGUAUCGUACCCACUCCCUCGCAGGGCAUGACGUCGGCCUCGACCGCGACACCGGUGUGCAAGCAUGUUGAGGCUGCCGUCCGUACCGUGGCAGGGGGCACACACUCUCGACACCCCGCCUGCCAUGCCCUCCUCUUACAGGGCGCAGUGGGCCGACACAGGGAAAAACAGUGUUUACUCAAAACGCGAAUGGAAGGCGCUCAUGCAUCUAACCAUGUUAAAGGUCUCUUAGCGAGGCGUGCAGCAAGCCCACUCGAACAACGAGGUCGACGCCUAUCGGUGGAGCCCGGUGUCAAUGUCAACAGAAGCGGCGCCAGAGGCGUGAGAGCCACGGGGAAGCACGAAGCCGUCAUUACGGACAUGAUGCAACUACGCUGGCUGCUUCGCAGGCACGUGGCACGGACGCUGGAUGUGCUGGACAUCGUAGAUCAGCGGGAGACGAUUAUAUCCAAAUUACGAGAGUUCUUAGCGAUGGCCGAGUCCGACCUUUGCGUUAAGAGGGCCUCCAGGCACAGCGAUGACGAUGCGGCGCAACGGCGCCCCUUUCGUAGUGGCUCGCUGCGGCCAUGGGUGAGGCAGCGACAGCCAUGGCAGCGGUUGCAGUCGUUAACGCCUUUCUUUGACUUGCCGAACCAGCAAGCUUGCAUGUUUCCACGGCGUCCCGCAUCCUCCGCCGUUCACGGUGUCGUGGGCAUCCCACAGGUUGGCGCGGCGGUGAUACGGCGGCGCUACUACCGCCAUGGUGUGCUUUACUUUAUGUGGCUACUCCAGCAGGUCUCCGUGGAGCUCUUGCGGGCCGUACGCCGCUGGAGGGAGCUGCUUAGCGGCAGUUUCCCGUUUGUCGUCAAGGGUAAUAAUUAUCUGCUCCAAAUAUCCUUGGAGAUGGCGGAGCUCGCGCAGGAGCCUGUGCUUCAGAAGCUGUUUUCAUCGCACGCCAGACCGCGCAAAGGCGCACCGACAAAAACGGGCCACGCCGACGUUGACCCCGAGGACGCUGCGUUUCCCGAGUCUCUGCAGUACUGCCCACUUCUCUCAGACAUGCCAUGCGUGAUGGAGUACACCAAACCCCCCACACUGCCGACCAACGGCGGCGUGGCGCUCGUAGAGUUGGGUGAAAGGAACCCAGGCAAUGAAAAGGACUGGUUUCCCCGCCUGCCACAGGCACACCACACAACUGAAGUUCGCCAGAAGCGUAGACUGCAUGGGAAGGGUGUCUCGGCUGAUGCUGCGUACAUUUGUCGCGUACGUGCCGCGGAGACAUUCCUCAAUCGUGAAGUGACUGUUCAGAUGCAGUUAUUGCGGCGCAACUUUGUUUUAUGCGCGGAGGGGCGCUACCCGCUGCUGCUAUGCGGCGUUGGCGAGCUGUGUGGUUCCCGCGACACAACGGUGAGGCUGCAUUCCCGCCAGCGGCAGCGCGAGUGGUUCUGUCAGUUACAUGACAUGCUCUCCUGCCUGGAGGCGGGGAGCUCUGCGCUUUGCAAAGAGUAA